GUUUUAAAUGGUUGCAGAGAAACACUGCAAAAUGAAGGCACAUUGUUGGAGCUUUCGGUACCGAUCAACAUUUGUGGCGAUAUUCACGGCCAGUAUGUGGAUCUUUUACGCAUUUUCCAUCAGUGCGGUCGACCGCCAUAUGAGAGAUUCUUGUUUAUGGGGGAUUACGUCGAUCGAGGACCAAACAGUCUGGAAGUAAUAUGCUUAUUGUUACUUUUGAAAGUGCGCUUCCCAGCAAAGAUUUUUUUGCUCCGUGGAAACCACGAAUGCUCGAUGGUGAAUCAGACAUAUGGAUUCCUGGAUGAGUGCGAGGAGCGCUUCAAAAAUGGCCGAGUAUUGUGGAUGAAAUUCCAGAGUAUGUUCAACUGGUUACCUUUCGUGGCUUUAGUUAGUAAACGAAUUCUUUGUAUGCAUGGUGGUUUGUCGCCGAAACUAAUGCAUCUGGACAAUUUACGUCGCCUGCGAAGGCCAAUAGAUCCGGUCGAGGAU